CCAAAAACUCCAAACGAAGGUGGUGGAUGAGCAGCCGGUGUGGUUUGCAGCUUCCCCACACCUUUCGACUUGCAUGUGCUAGAUCCCAGCAAUGAAACGAAGUUUGAGCACGGCUGAUGAAUGGGACUGAGAUUUUAUCAGACGGAUGCCCAACCAUAAACAUUCGACGUCAUUCACCCAGAGCAGCGUUCUGGCCGUGACUGCCUGUUGGCCGACCAACUGUGGUAUAUGCCCGCGGUGUUCCCAAACAUAUUAUACACUUCCAACAACAUCGGCAGCAUUUACUCAACAGUCGUCAUCUGCUACCUAGGCGACGAAACAUUCGACACGUGCCGCAGCAAUGGCACAUUCGUACGACUACACCUGUCACACCCUCACGUCGAUGGAGACGCCGGAUCCCUUCAUGACCCAGGCGAACGGCGUUUUCUAUUUCACUUUCACAGCUGGAAACAGGAUCGAGGUCUGGUCAUCAAGAAACCUCAAAGAUUUUCAGCAGACAGCCAAGAGAAGCAUUAUAUGGACACCGCCGCCCGGAACAGACCAUUCCGCCGAUCUUUGGGCGCCAGAGCUCCACGCUCUACGAGGUCGGUGGUAUGUUUACUACGCCGCUGCUCACCCGGCUCAGGGGAACCGGAGUCACCGGAUGUAUGUGCUCGGCGGCCCACCGUCAACGGAGAAUCCUACUGAAGGGCAGUGGGAAUUCCUUGGCCGCAUACAUGGCAUGCACGACCAUUGGGCAAUCGACGGAACAGUCUUCGAACUGAAUCAUGAGUUAUUCAUGGUUUACUCAGGUUGGCCCCUGGACAAUCACCACGAAUCCGACCUCAUCCAGCAGCUCUUUAUCAUGAAGCUCGAGCACCCAACAACCGCAGGUAGCCCACCCGUCGUGAUCAGCGCGCCAGAGUUACCGUGGGAGUUUACCCAUGACCACGUUGGCGCUCACGGCAUCAAUGAGGGACCACAGUUCUUGGAGUCGCUGGAUGGAAGCUGGAGAGGUAUCGUUUAUUCCUGCGCAGGGAGCUGGACGCACGAGUACAAGAUGGCCGUCCUGCACUACAACGGCGGAGAUCCUCUCGAUCCGCGCGCCUGGCCUAAGGGCCAAGACCCGUUGAUACAAGCCGAGCUGCAAGGUCAAGGUCCUUGGGGACCGGGACACGGCAAUUUCUUGAACCUUGGGGGAGACACAGUAUGUGUAUUCCAUGCCACGGAUCAUAUGACCGAUGGUUGGAAUAACCGAAGAGCAAGAUGCCAGCAGGUCACGUUCACGGAAAGCGGCCCAUAUAUGGGCUUAUUCCUCGGAGGGCGCUAUGAACGUCCGAAGGGUGGGCUGAUUGAGAAACUGAAGCACAAGUUGGGCAAAGGCAAGGAAAUUAUCCCGCAACAGGCCAGGAAUACCCUGAAAUCACUGUUGGGUUGAUAUCGAGCGAGGUUAGGGGUGCAAACUAGACAAUUGUGGUGGAAAAGUGUAGCGCCGGAAACGGGCUCAAUUCUGCCUACUCAGUAGCAGAACCAGGUAUUCAUCAGGCAUUUUGCUACCGUUAUCAACAUAUUCUCAUGCCGUGAAUGUGUAGACAUGUUUGUUGAUUAGUAAUCCCUGCUCUCUAAUCAUCUUGUGCGAUUUUGCAAGAUAAUAUUGCGCAGGGACUCACUAGAAUCUAGCCACGUUUUCUAGUCAACCUUUUCAUUCAAUCGUUAGGAAGACCACCAAGCUCUUGUUGGCUGCAGCUCUGGGGUGCAUGUUAAACAAGCAACUCAUUUCCCCCGCUGUAUCACUCACUCCAAUGAGAUUCUGGCCCAGGUGGGUUUACCGUACUGGAGGUAGAACUGC